UUCGGCUGAUUGUCCGGUUAUCGCCGGCCCGCUUGGCCCACGAGAGCUUUAAUCAAAAUCAAUUCUAUUCAUUUAGCUUCCUGACCGGGCCCGGCAGCAGCAGGACGGAGCUAUUUUGUGGGAAGGCUGCCAAUCAUUACCGUUAUCACCGGCGAAGGAGAAGGUUUAGCACCGAGUCAAGGUUGCAAGGUUCUGCAAUUCGAUUCACGGCGCAGAACGAUGUUCGGAUUGUGCGUGGCCCUCGCCAUACUGGCCCUCUGCCUGUACUUCAAAUGGAGGCUCAGCUACUGGCAGCGGGUGGGGAAAGUGGCCGGCCCGAAGCCGCUGCCCAUUUUCGGCAACCUGCUGGAGCAGAUUACGGGCAGGAAGCACUACGGUGAGAUAUUCGACGAUAUGUACCGUUCGUUCCCGCAGGCCACGUGGGUCGGUUUCUAUAAGCUCGCCAACAAACCCGGCAUCGUCGUGCGGGAUCUCGAUUUGGUGCGCGAUGUCGUCACGAGCCAGUUUUCGUCGUUCAACAAGAAUGAUUUCCAUGCCGACGAAUCGCUCGAUCCGCUGCUCGCCUUCAAUCCGUUCGCUUCGUCCGGCGACUUGUGGAAGGAACGCCGAUCGCAGAUGACCACCGUCUUCACGCCCAAUCGCAUCCGGGCCACUUUUCCGUUGGUGCAGCAGAUCGCCGACGACUUUUUGAAGUACAUAGCGCGCCAAAAGGAUCCGCACUUCGAAGCAAAGGAUUUAUGUUCCAAGUAUACGGUGGGAGUCGUCGCAAGCGUUGCCUUUGGUAUCGAUGCCGAAUCGUUCACGAACCCGAAUGCCGAGUUUCCUCGUAUGGGAAAUGCCCUGUUUACGCCGUCCUUCAUGACUGCGUUCCGAUUGCAGUUGACCCUGUUCGCACCGGGUCUGGCGAAAUUGUUGCGCGUACCGUUCGUGCCACCCUACGUCGAUCAGUGGUUCCGCCAGAUGGUGCGGGAAACGAUUCGCCAACGGAAGGUGGAAAAGAGACAGGAUCUGUUUCAGGCCAUGUGCGAUAAUUUGUCCGACAACGGUAAACGCGAGAUAGACGAAAAUGUUGCCGCCGGCCACUCGGUAACGUUUCUGUCGGAAGGAUUCGAAACGUCCAGCACCUUGAUGUGCUACCUUCUGUACGAGUUGGCCGCCAAUCCGUCCAUUCAGGAGCGCGUUGUGCAAGAGCUACGAUCGGUGCUGCAGGAAUCGGGCGGACAACUGACCGAAGCUGGAUUGCACAAGCUGACCUACAUGGAUGCGGCCAUGCUGGAAACGCUACGGAUGCACAGCCCGGUGUUUACUCUGCCACGUGUUUGCACGAAGGAUUACGUGCUUCCGCCACAGUUUCCGGGCGAUACCAAACAGGUGGUGCUCCGUCGCGGCACAUCGGUCGUAGUUCCGGUCUACGCGAUUCACCACGAUCCCGAUAUAUACCCGCAACCGUUCGUGUUUGAUCCGGAACGAUUUACGGAGGAAAAUCGUAAAGCUCGCCAUCGGCAUGCGUUCCUCGCGUUCGGUGAAGGGCCCCGCCUGUGUUUGGGAAUGAAGUUUGGACUGCAUCAAAGCAAAAUCGGAAUUGCAUCACUUUUGAACCGGUACACUGUCACUGUUUCGCCGAAGCAAGAACUUCCUUUGGAGUUUGCCAAAAGCUCAUUUCUUAUGACUCCGAAAUCGGGUGUUUGGUUAAACUUUAAGGAACGACCGUAAUCUGCGAUCGGUAUGGCAAAUGUGGACAAAUUACACAAAAUAAAGAGUACAUCACGGCA